AUGUCCUCUAGUCAAAACAUUCCAUCAAAAAUGGAAGCCUGGCUCUACUCCAGCACAACCAAUGGCCUAGAAAAGAACCUCAACUUCCACGCGUCGGCACGCGCACCACCCGCCGUCCACGGCAACAACGUCCUAGUCCAAGUGCUCUCCGCCUCCCUCAACCCCGCCGACUUCAAAGUCCCUGAAAUGGGACUCGUCGCGCGAAAGUUGGUAAUUGGCACACCAGCCUCACCAGGAAUGGACUUCUGCGGACGGGUCGUGGCAGCCGGCGCCAACGCGACCGAGUUUUCCCCAGGCCAGCUCGUCUACGGCUGUCUCAGCAGACCCGCCCAAUACGGCUCGCUGGGUGAGUACCUCGUUACAUCGUCGAGUCUGCUUGCGCCCGUGCCGGAGGGCGUGGAGGUAGACCACGCCGCUGCCAUUGGCAUCGCGGGCCAAACGGCGUACCAGUCACUGGCUGGGUAUGUUAAUGCCGGCGACAAGGUUUUUAUUAAUGGUGGUUCUGGGGGAUGCGGUAUUUUUGCGAUCCAGAUUGCGAAGGCAAUGGGGUGCCAUGUUGCGACUACUUGUUCGACGAAGAACGUGGAGUUUUGCCGUUCGCUCGGCGCUGACGAGGUUAUUGACUACUCGGUUGAAGAGGACUUAGUAGCUACGCUACGCGGUCGCGGAGUCGUCUAUGAUCAUAUCGUUGAUCAUAUUGGGUAUCCUGCACCACUAUAUUGCGAGUCGCAUCACUUUUUGGCGCCUGGGAAGGCUUUUGUGCAGGUUGGUGCGUCGGCCAUGACGACAUUUGCUGGUAGGCUGGUUUGGCCUAGCCUCUUGGGCGGUGGUAAGAGGAAGUAUGUCAUCUUCUUCUUCAAGAAUACCCGUGAGGAUCUGAUGAAGGUUGGAGAAUGGGUGCAAAAGGGCGCUGUGAAGAUCCAGCUGGACACCACCUACGAGUUCGAAGAUGCUGUUCAUGCAUUUGAGAAGCUUCGUUCCGGUCGUGCCAGGGGAAAGAUUAUUGUGCAUGUGGCUAAGCCAUGA